AUGCUUUAUUCUAAUUUCUCGCGUUAUCGUAUUUUUUUAUUUCUUUUAUCCAUAAAGUCUUCUUUCUUUCUUUCUUUUUCUUUCUUAUGGAUUUUCUCAUUUUUUAAUUUUUUCUUUCUUUUUUGUAGUCUCUUUUUCUACUCUACCUUCAAUACAUCUUUUUUCUAUUUAUUUCGAUUUAUUCCACUUCAUUUAAUUCCUCUACCUCUCAUCUUGUUACCGUUAUGUUUUUCUUCUUUUCGUUUCUGUCACCCGCUUUUGUUUUUUUCUCAUUUUCUCUCCUACUUUUCCACUUUUAAUUCCUUCUUUCGUUUUUAUUUUUUAGCUUUUCUCUUUCCAUUUUUCCAUUUUCUACCUCCUAUUUGUAUUUUUUUUCUUUCAUUUUGUUUUCCUUUCUUCUUCUUCGUUUUCUUUUUCUGCUCACUAUUAUUUUCAUCUAUUUUCUUAUUCGUUUCUUCUUCUUCUUCCUUAUGCCAUUUUUUUCUUUCUUUCUCCUUCUGA